AAACAAGUCAAAAAUACUUAACACAAACUCAGCAAAAAGAAACUAAAAGAGUAAGAGAAAUCGCUUUUAUUUGUGAUUAAAACUAAAAAAGCGGGUUCAGCUUAAGCAUUUGAACAGCCUUGUGACCAGUCUUUAUUACGACUUGAAAAACAUGGGUCAAUUGGUUGUUAAAUUGGCACAGCCGGUAAAUAAUGUUGCCAAUAUAUUGGGUGGUCGCCGCAAACGUAAGCGUAGCAUAGAUUCUUGUCAUUCAAACAGUGAACAGAGCAACAAUGAAACACAAUCACCAAAAAAAAAAAAACUGUUAACCACCACUCAAUAUAUCUAUCAGGCACUGUUUAAAGAACAGAAAAAUUCCGAUAUUGCCAUUAUGGCCAUGGGCAAAGUAUGGAAUCUGCACAAAGUAUAUUUAUCACAAAGUCCUUAUUUUUAUAGUAUGUUUAAUGGUUCGUGGAAGGAGUCAUGUCAAGAUUUUGUUCAUAUUAAAAUUUUGGACGAAAGGAUUACUUUGGAAGGUGAGUAAAAUAUGUGUUUAUAGAACUGAAC